AUGUAUACUUCAUCUAUGAAUUCCAACUUGAAUACGGCAAAUUCGCCUCCAGAGCUGUUGUCUACCCUCCAAGAACAAUACAAAAAGGAGUACAAGAAAGCAGAGGUAAACCGGGGGGAGUACUAUCUGUUGCUGCACUUCUACGAAUCGCUCCAGGACGAAUCGAUCCACAGAGAGUUCGAGAUAAUAACGCUUGAAAACAAGAAUAAGUUGCUUGAAGCUCGUUUGAAGAAACUAUUUUACGAGUAUGAAAAACACGCUGGAAGAGCAGACAGAAUACAGCAUUGCAACGAAAUCAUUGGCCUUUUGAUUGAAGAAAUAGACGAGUUGAAACAGCAAUGCUCAGAAAUUGCGGAGAGAAUAGAAGAAUGCAAGGAGAAGAUGAAGAACCACCCCCGUAUACGUACUUUGCAAGAGAAUAUAUAG